GGAUAAAGAGGCUGGGAAUCUAAUAUUAAGAGCUGUCCGUAACAGUCUUCAUUAGAAAUAUCCACUUCGGAACCGCGAAUCGCCUAGAACGGUAUUACAGCAGUCGGCAUCGGAAAUCAAGACGGUAGAAUCCCGAAUACUCCAACGGCUACAGCCUCAAGCGGUUCCCCUUCUGUCCGAUAUUAAUCGGUACUUUGACAGUCCUCGAGUUAGCAAUAUUAAUACUACAGAUCCGAAUUGGCUUUGUAACUGGUGGCGAGUAUACAAGGAUGAACUGCCUCAAAUGGCAGCAGCAGCAAGAGAGUAUCUACCAAUUCCAUCGUUAGAGGUGUCAGUAGAACGAUUAUUCAAUGCGGCAAGAGAUAUAUUAGGUAUCCGGAGAUAUUCGAUGAAGGGUAAAACAAUGCGGAUGUUAAUGUUGAUAAAUGAUCCCUAUGCAAAGCCCUAGAAUUCCAGCAGCCAAGUUAUCCAAAAAUCUUUAUAGAAAUCAGAUUGAAGCUAGUCCUAAUGAAGUAGUUUACCGAUUCACCGAUUUCGCCGAUAUUGACAAAAUUUAACGGAUAAAAUAUCGGUAGAAUAGAAAGCUGCCGAUAUAAAUCGGCGAAUCGUAUCCGUAAACCUGAAAGGUUAACGA